UUUUCCUUCUGCCCACCCAUUCCACUUUGUCCGGGCUUCGAAUUUCAGAACUCCUCUCUCAGUCCCGUUGACAGUGUUGUGCACGUUGCAGCAAGUAAAAUGUGUUAAGAAAUUUACCGCUAUCUCUCAACUUAUUCGUUUUUAAACCCGCGUCGCACUUCGAUCAUAAUCAUCAUUAAAGGACUUUGUGUGCUGACCUUUUUGUUAUGUGAUCCUAAGUGGAUUUCCUUCGUCCAAACCGAAUGUGAUAUAGUGAACAGAAAAUUUUUUUAAUAAAAAAAAAUGAAGCUGCACUUACUUAUUAUCUUAACGUGUUUAUGCGUUGCUUUCGUCAACUGCCAAAGAACGAGACCGCAAAAUAUUGCGGAAUCCGAGGCUCCUACUCAACCGAGAAAAGUGAGGGGAAGAGUACGUUUUUCUCUGCCAAUAGAUGUUGAUGCGGAAUUAGCCGAUAUACCAUCAAAAGCAAUUAGACCUGAAUCAAGAUUUGAACCGCGAAUACAUUCACGAUCAGAACCUAAUGUUGAAUCUACCAGAAUUGAAUCUAGACCAGCCGCAAUUGUCCGAAAAACAAAAAUUACCACCCCAAGGACUUCUCUUUAUGAAGUAGAAGAAGUUGUAGAUGAUAUUCCAGAUAAAAACCUUAGGAAAGUGCAUAAAUCCCGAGUUAUAACCGAAACGAGAUUUGAAGCAGCUAAUGCCCCUAAGAAGCCAUUUUUCGAACCAUUUCCUCGACCCGCAGAUGAAUUUACAACCGAUGAUAUCUUUGCUAAAUUUUCACCGGAAAUUACCAAAUCAACCACCGAAAAAACCAUUGAGAAGAAAAAGGAAUUAAUAGAAGAAUCGAUUGAGCAAAAAGAAGUUAAAAAAUCUAAAAACAAUCUUAAAGAAGAAACUGUUAAUGAAGAAAAAACCACUUUAAAUGAAGAAACGAUAACAUUAAGUAAAGAAGUCGAAGAGGAUUUUAAUGUUUCUUCUUCUAAAAUUCCAGAAAGUACAACAUCUUCCGAAAUUUCUUCUACUGAAAAUGAAGUUAAACAAACCACCGCAAGCCUUGAUAAUGAUACUAAAAAAUUACGAACCUCAAGAACUAGAGUGCAAACAUCUCAAACUCCUUCAGUUGACGAAACUACAAGUAAAGUUAGAGGUAGAGGGAGAUCGCGACCAGCUGCGCCAACUCAAGCUCCCCAAUCAACGCAAGAAAAUAACUUCCAAAGAAGUAGACCAAGAGGCAGAGGAGCUUCUACGAGCAGUGUAUCUUCUGAAAUUCCAUCCCGGGGAAAAACAAGCGCUGAAAAUGAAGCACCAUCAAGAGCAAGUCGUUUCAGGACAACCAGAAGAAAGAUAGAAAGCAGCGAAGAAACUUCAAGCCCAAGAGGUAGAGGAUCUGCCUUUUCUGAAACCAGCCAAGAAAGAGAAUCGCCGCCAAGAACAAGAACAGGAAGGAAAGUUAAUUAUCCAAUAACAGAUAACGUUCCCGGUCAAAGUGAAGACACAAUUUUUACUAUAAAACCUAGAAGACCGCAAAAUUCCGCCAAAUUAGAAGAAAUUCCUAAAGUUACCUCCCGUGGGAGAUCGAGAGGUCAACAGAAAAGUAUUGAAAUAACCGAAGCUCCCCCGAAAACUAAUUCACGUAGGAACCCAUCUAGAAGAAGAAUUGAACCAAUCCCAUCAAUAUCGAAAAAAACUGAACUGUCAUCUUCAACACCUCCAACAACUACAAGUACUGCAAGUACCACAACUACAACAACAACUCAAACAAGCAGCACAUCGAGUGAAAGAAAUUUAAGAAGAAAUACUAACCAACGAUUACCUUCACGAUCAGAAUCAACAUCAACACCAAUUCCUUCCCCCUCAAGAAACUUUAGAGGAAGAAAUUCUCAAAAAAUAAAUCUAAAUGAUGUUGAAAAGAAAGUUGUACCUACUGAAAGAAAACCAUUAUCAAGGCAAAGAUCAAGAUUUAUUCCACCAAUUAUCGACGAACAAAAACUGGAAGUUCUCCCGUUAUUCGAAAGUGAAGCAAAAACUGUUGAGCCCAUCAUUAAAAAACGACCGAUCGAAAUAAAAUCAAAAAGUAGUAACGAAAUAAUUGCGGCGGUAAAGCCCCAAAUAAAAGAAAAAAUUGAAAUUGUCACUUCAAAACCACUCGUAAAAGAAACCGUUGAAACGAAAAUAUCUGAAGUGGUCUCAACUCGAAGGGUGGUUCGACCCAUCUUGAGAAAAAGAAAGAAAAGUAAAGAUGGUAAAAUAAAUAAUGAGUCAAAGAAAAUUUCGAGAGGUGAUAAAAAGGUUGAAUUGGAAAAGAACUUGAAUGCUGAUGAUAUCGAUGACAGUGACAACUACCCAGCUGCUUUCAAGGCGUUGUUACACGCUAAAUCGAAAGAGAGUUCAAGGACGAGAUCUUCUGAAGCGGUAAACACGAAGAAGGCUAACAUCGAGAAAGUCGUGACUGCACAGAGAUUCGCAACAGGUACAAGCUCUUCAAGUUCUUCCACCUCUACAACGAAAACACCAUUACAGACUGUUAAGUCUACACCUAAAGGAAACGAAGACGACAAUAAUAUCGUUCCUUCAACGACUGCUUCAACAACACGAGGUACAAGAAGAAAAUUUUCUUUGGCUACAAAACCACCCGGAUAUGAAGACAAUCAACCUGCGAAAUCGACUAAACGACCAAAUUCGAAUGGAAGAAAAUUAAAAAUUAUUCGAUCAACCGUAGCUCCUUCUCAAGUUUCUGUCGUAACUGAAGUUUCACAAUCGGUUCAAACUCAACAACCGAGAUAUCAUGCAAGAUUUGUGGCUUCUAGUACAACUGAUGGAGCUGCUAAUUUGGUGUUGGAUGAAAUUUCGUCAACGACAAGCAGAAUUAAACCGAAAAGUUCCAGAGGAUUAUAUAGCAGUAGAAAGGAAAAUGGAAAGAGAAAAGAGAAAAAAGGAGACGGUAGUAAUCAACAGCAAUUAGCAGCUAUCGGAAAGAAAAAGAAUCGUUACAGUGCAAGAUUUCGAAAUGACAUUAUCAAUCGACCAGCAUCAACGAGACCAACAAACGCACCCGUUUAUAUCCCAACGGUACCAACAGUAACACCGAGUUAUGUGAAGCAACGGAUUGAAGACGGAAUGGAAAUAAUAUCUAUAGAUGAACCUGUAAAUACCAUCCCCUCGGAUAAUUUGAUAAAUGGAGAAUUGCUUACCCCUUCCAAUUUACCUGAAAAAUUGCUCCCUGCCUCAUUGGUAACAACUGGGGCACCACCUGCACAACCAUCUGAGAAGCAACCAGUGUCGAUAAUAGAGAGAAUCAUUUACUCAAUCACCGCUAUUUCCUCUACGGUUGCUCCAAACCAGACUGCAGACAAAACUGACGACGGACCGACUAAAGAAACUGCAAUAUUCAAAAUUCCAAGUAAAAAAGACCAAACGAAACAGACCACAGACAAAACGAACGAAAAUUUGACUGCAACCACCGAAAAGCCAACCACAAUUAUCGAGAGAAUUUUGAGUUCUAUAAACGCCAUACAGUCGACGUCUUCGCCAACAGUAGGUAUCUCAACCGUUUCUUCUACUGCUCGCACUCCAUCUUCCACCAUCACCAACACCUUAGGGGUGAUCGAGGAACUCUCAAACGAACAAACUGACCAACAACGCACUAUUUCCCAACUAUUAGCUAUCUUGAAAUCGAUCUCUCCUACGCCCAGUACCGAUUUAGUUGUAGUCACGCCAAAAACUACUUUUUCUUCCACUUCUUCUACUCCAACAACUUCAGAUUCAAUAAAUUCUAUUUCAACAACUUCUGCUUCAACAACUUCUACUACAACAACUAUUAUUUCAACAACUUCUGCUCCAACUUCUACUAGUACGCAAACCACUACUUCUUCUUCAACUAGUUCCGUUACCUCUUCGAUUAAUCCAGAUGCUGAGAUCAUAAACUUAAAUGGAAAUUCAAUUGAAUCCGAGAACUUUGAAUCAUCCACAUCUUCAAGUACUGAAUCAUCGUUUGAAGUCUCUUCUGAAAGUUCCACAGAAACGAGUACCACGUCAAGUUUUUCAAAUACUCUCGAUUCUUCUACUGUAAGAUCAAAAACGGGUUUCACUGAAACCAUAUCUCUCUCCGAUUUUUUGGCCACGUUAAAUUAUUUAAACGCUAUUUCGCCUACGACACCACCAAAUUUUACUGACGGUAUUACUAAAGUUCCUAACUUAGCCAAUUCAAAACAAACAAAUCCACCAAAUAAUGAAUUAAACAUUGAAAACACAACCCCAGUUCAAACAGUUGAGAACUUGAUCGGCCAAACCACCGAAAGUGUAAGUGAUACUUCAUCAGACUCUUCACCAACUGAAGUGGCUAAAUUAGAAAUGCUAAGUAUUAGCACCGAAAAUUCUGAAAUUCCAAACACUUCAGUUGCUGAAGAGAUCAAAGUUGAUUUCACUACGCAAGUUAUUGAAUCAAGCUCUAGCUUGAAAAUACUUGAAUCAGUAACGGAACAAAUUUCUUCAGUUAUUUCAAGUGAACAGAUCGGAUCUACCGAACAAAUUCAAAGUUCAUCUGAAUCAUCAUCCGUUCAAAGCAUUACUGAAGAAAUUAAAAAUGAUAAUGUUCAAAGCGUCACUGAUUCAAGUAUUAAAUUAGCAAAAAAAUUAGAAAUUUCGGAGAGAAUUGAAUCAGAUACGCCUCAAAUGUCACUAAGUACAGAAAUGUCACAAAGUACAGAAAUGUUACAAAGUACAGAAAUGUCACAAAGUACAGAAAUGCCACAAAGUACAGAAAUGUCACAAAGUUCAGAAAUACCUUUAAAUUCAGAAUCACCACAGAAUACAGAAGUGACACAAAGUUCUGAAAUGCCUUCAAGUUCAGAAACCCCGCAAAGUACAGAAAUGUCACAAAAUUCAGAAAAUCCUUCAAGUUCAGAAACAUUACAAAGUACAGAAAUGUCACAACCAUCAAGUUCUGAAGUACCACAAACUUCAUUAGUACCCCAAAUGUCAGAUAGAAUUCAAAAUUCAGAAUCAUCUCAACUGUCAGAAACAUCCGAACAACCUCAAAUUCCACAAACCACAGAAACCUUAAAUAAAAUAGAAACCUCUGAGGUUCCUCAAUCUUCUGAGUUGCCAGAAACAUCAGAAACAUCUGAAAUUUCGCAAACUACGGAAUUAUUAAAUAAAGCAGAAACCACCGAGGUUCCUAAAAAUUCUGAGAUCUCGCAAACAUCUGAAAAUCCCGAAACCACUCCUAUAAUGAACGAAUUAAAUAUUGCAACAACUGAGGUUAGUUCAGAAAUGGCAGAGUCAAGUUCUCAAGCUGUUGAAUCGGUAACUGAGGUCAUGGAAACAACGGAAUCCAUGACUACGGAAAUGAUAGGUGAAACGGAAACUCAAAAUUCUCUUCCUGUUAAUGAAUCCGAAUCGAUUAUUUCUGCGAUUAAACAAAAUGGGGUUCCAAACUCCUCCACUAUCCUACAAUUAAUAGCUAGGUUGUUGGAAAUAGCGGGAACAACACCAAAUACAAUAUCUUCAACGGUAACGUUGGAAAAAACAACUGUAAAGCCGGCAGGUUCGAGUCUAUCUACUCAUACAAAUUUCGAAGUAAGUCCUGGUUCUGUAACGGUAUUCUCAGCUAAUGACGUAACCAGCACGUUUAAUCAACCUGACGAUGGCAGCACAAUCACAAUCUCGAGUCGAACUUUCGCCGCGAGUAAAGCUAAUCGAAUAAUGACUGAUGUGAAUAACUCGACUAAUAAUAAUUCUUCCAUGGAUGUUAUGGCUAGUGUAACAAAUGAAACAUCUUCAUCAAACGAAACGUCCUCAAUUAGUAACGAUACUAAUUCUUCUAUGACCAUUUCCAAUUCGACUAAUACAAAUAAUAAUGCAACAAAUAGAGAGGCUAAAUUAUUGGCCUCUGACCCGCAGCCGAUUGAAAACAAUACGAUUGAAACAUCAACUGCGCCGGAUAAAGACUAUUAUAUCUUCGCGAUUCUUCCAAAUAACACCAUAAUCCGAAAAAGGCCCAGUAUGUACCCUAACAAAAAUACCCCGUUCAUAAUUGUCGGCGUGUACCCUAACAAUACCGUUGUCCAAAAGUUCCCGAACGGAACGUUGAUCCCAGAGGAACCCAUCAUUCAAGUAAGUGGUUUCGACGUAAGCGCAAACCCCCAGACCCCCAGACCGGAUAUAACCAGUAACCAAGUAACACAGGAUAGCACCAGAUCGGACGAUAAUAAUCAAACUCUUCAAACGGCAACUAAAAAUGAUCUACCAAGUACUCCGGAAAUAGCAUCAACUCAAGCACCAACAGGAAAUAUGACUAUAAUAAAUAGAACUAUAGAAGAAUUUGAUGAUAUACCCAAAAGUAACGUAAACGCUACAAACGAAACGGUUGCAAAUACAGGAAGAGAUACCGAAGAAGUUAACAUAGAAGAAAACACAAUCAGUAACAAUGGCAAUAAUAAACCAGAAAAGAUUGUUGAAGCAACUAACGUUGAAACAACCACGAAAAAGAAGGAAGAUAUAACAACUGCACCGCCAAAACCACAGCAAGUUGAAAUUAUAACAAUACCGCCUAAGCAAAGUGUACCUACAACUUUACCACCAACUACAAUGAAUGUUGUAACAACUAUUCCAACCAAAAAAGAAACAAUCAUCGUAGCAAAAACGAUCCCACCAGAGUUCAAUUUCGUUGAAAAUGAUAUACAAGAAACGACAACACAAAGAAAAAUGAUGACAACAACCCGAUACACAAAUACUCCAACAACAGUUACUCCAAUAUUCGAAGAUUAUCAAUUAAAUAUUAGAGCCACAACACCUUAUUUCAUUCAAAGAAUUUUCUCUAAUUUUACUGCCUUGGGUAGCAGAUUGGGUGAAGAGAUCACUACUAUAACAGAACUGGUUACCACGCAAAGAAUAACUACAAUUCCAACUACAAAGCCAGUGCAAACAACAACAACACAAGUACCAACAACAACUAGAACAGUACCAACAACAACUAGAACGGUACCAACAACAACUAGAACGGUACCAACAACAACUAGAACAGUACCAACAACAACUAGACCAGUACCAACAACAACUAGACCAGUACCAACAACAACGAAACCAGUUCCAACAACAACAAAGCCAAUUCCAACAACAACAAGACCAAUACGAACAACAACAAUUCCACUUCCUACAACAACCAAUCCACCGCCUACAAUUCCACCUCGCACUCCAACUAAACCACCUCUUACAACAAGAUUUAUGACAACAACAAAAAGAUUUGUAACUACAACCCCUUUCUUUGUUCCUGAAACAACGUUUUGGACAACGACUAGAAGAAUAAGAACAGCUGCUCCAACAACCACUGAAAGAAUAACAACAACUCCAAGAAGAACAACUAGACCGACAACUAAACCUACAGAACCACCCACCACAACCAUAAGACAAACAACUACAAAACGGAGAAGUGGAAGAUUCAGAAACACAACUCCACAAGAUUUAAUAAGAACUGUAACGGUUACUCCAUCAACUCAAACAACAGAGUUGCCCCAAACGGAGAAACCAACGAAAAGAACAACGUUUUAUGUAAAUACAAUUCCAACUGAACCUGUAAGAUAUGAAGAAACAACAAUUUUCCCGAUUUAUACUACUCAAAAAGCACAGGAAACCACACUUUUUACGGGUACUAGUAGGCCGAUAACUAAAACACCAACGACUCCCGCUCCUGUUACUUUAUCGGUGGAAGACGAAUUAAGGCGUUUGGCUGAGUUGAGGGUGUUAGAAAAUUUCGGGGAAUUAAGUACAACGAAUGAUUUUGUAAGCACAACGACCGUGAUGACCCCAACAACUUUACAAGCAACUUUAAAAGGUGUUAAUGCUAAAGUAAAAACUUUAACUGAACAACAAAGAAAAGAUUUGCAAGAAUUAGCGAGAUUGGAGAAAGAACAAGCUGAGAUUUUGAGACAACUUGCGUUUUUGACUAGAUUUAACUUUGGUGGCACAACACAAAAACCAACUAGAAGUCCAAGUAAUUUAGCAAGUCGAGUUUUGGAAUUUGCUACCGAUCGCGAUAAAGCGACGACUACGGAGAAUCCUUUAGAUAUCCUAAGUGCUUUAACAAACGCUGGAGAACCCAAAAAGGUUCCACCGGGUACUAAAGAUGUUUCUUUAGACGAUCUCCUCAGACAAUUUAAUGUUAGCCCUGAGAGGGUAACCCCAUCUAAUUUGGUGUCUACUUACGGUGAAUCCACUGAUGCUAUAUUAGCUGCUUUAUUGAAAGAGCAAGGUAUUGGUCCAAGUACUCCAAAGACUUUGGGAGAGCAGCUAAAAACAACGAUUCCAGUUCAAAUUCCAACCACACGACCAACUAAAAAAGUUACAACUACAAGAAAAAGAAUUACCACAACUACUCCACGACCUGGUCCUAUUAUGCAAGGUUUGAAUUGGUUGUUAAAUAUGUUGGCCCCUCCGCCAACUACAAAACGCCCAGUAAAAAAGAAGGUUACAACAACGGAAAGAAUAUCUACAGUAGAUGACUUGGAUUUAUAUUCAAGCCAACCAACUGAGAUGACUCCCGUGGUGGUAACAGCACCAAAACGAAGUCCACCCAAUCCAGCAACAACAAGAGGUGCAAGAAAAUAUAAGAGACCUUUACACGCUUUAUCUGAAAAUGAGUUAUCAUCUUUGAUAAGUCAAUUAGAGGAGGCUCAAAAAGAUCCAAAAAAAGCUCAAAAUUUAGACCUUUCGGAUUACGAUUUGAGCCAAACGACUCGGAAACCUACCACUUUGCUUCAUAACAACGCGGUGCAGAUCACGAACUCUGGAAAAGUGGGAAGCACGUCUAAGUUGCAAGCCGCUUCUUCCGUUGAGUCAGAGGUUGUGUACAGGAGGAAACCGACGACACCCCUUCCUUCCACGGUAAGCAAUAGUAUAGCUGAGGAUGAGGAAUAUGUGGAUCCUGUGACUAAACCACCGAGAAGACCGACUUUGAGACCGGUUGUCUUGAAUCCGGUGCCGGGCAUAGAUGACGGAGAGGGUGAAACAAGGGUGAGAGGCCAGCUGUUAAGCGCAGCUGUUAAUGUCACUAGAGCUAUAUCUCAGUUCUUGGGAUCAGCCAUACAAGAUGCAGCCUUUCGGUUGACGCGUGUAUUCUCAGACGGGUCAGCGAUAAGACAAUACAUAAACGCUAGUAGCAUAAUUCCACCAGAUAAUCCCAUGAAUAAUACGCGUCCGAGACAGUAAAAACCAACAGGAGGGCCGGUCAAUCCUUCCAAUCUCUGAUCGGAGCCGGAUCGAGACAAGUCGGGAAUUUCUUCGCAAGUUCAAGUUCUGCGAAUGGAUGAAGAACAAAACGGAAGUAAAAACCUGCAUGUAUCUCGAUACGUUUAGGUAUAUUUAUUUAUAUUUUUUUGAAGACGCCGUAUUUCUUUUUUGUUAAGGUGCUAAAAAUAAAAUUUUAAUUUAAUAUCGAAACAUCUCCGUGCGUCGUAACAUUAAUCAAAGAAAUCGGUCUUGUUACUUUCUAGAUUUUUCGAAAAUACUAGAAAGUGAUAACGCCUUGUUAUAACAUAUGGAGAAUAGUUGAUCGUUAAUUUUUGGUUAAUAGUUUUUGAUUAAUAUUUUUUUGACUUUUUGGUCAAAACAAAACAUUGUUUUCCUUAAUCCGUAAUCGAUUAAAGAGUUAAUUUAGUUAGGUUAUUUUUCAUUCCUGCUCUUAGAAACUAUUGUGUAUAUUUGUAUAUUUUUUUGUAAAGGUUUUUUUUUGUACAUAAUGAAUAAAUUUGUAUGUUUUGAGAAAGAA